AUGCCUGCACAACCACUUCCACCCCCAAUCAACAUCCUUCUCAUCGGGGCAUCCGGCUACAUCGGAGGCAGCAUCUUAUCUCACCUCUGCUCCGAGCCGGUCACUGCCACCAUUCACAUCUCGGCACUUGUGCGUGAUCCAGCGGAUGCAAAGACAAUCACUACCUCGUACCCCCAGGUACGGACACUACUCGGCGACCUCGGCAAUGAAGCACUUAUCCGUGACGCGGCCGCGGAUUCAGACGUAGUCAUCUACGCCGCGCGAAACACCCAGGACGGCGUCGAGCCUCUCAUGACGGGGCUCGCCGCCUCUGGGACAGAGACCUCUCCGGGGAGUUCUGCCCGGACGUCUCCACGCGUCCGCCCCGCGCUGUUCAUCAUGCUCAGUGCUAUCAUCUCACUCGCCGACCCGAAAAACCUCCGGCUCGGCGAGCCGCCCCUAGACUCUAGCAAGCCGACGAGUGAUGCGGACGAUAGGGAGACAAUCGCCUCACUCCCGGUCUACCACUGGCAUGUCGCGCAGGAGCGAGCCUUCCUGCGUCUCGCGUCCGAGAAGGGCCGGGACGUCGUCACGCCGGUCAUCAUGAGCCUGCCGCUCACGGUGGGCGACGGAACUGGCCCAGUGCGGACGCGCGGCUUCGUCCACGCGUACGCGCAGGCUUUGAGCCGUCGAACAAGCAAGAAGCCCUUUGUCAUGGGCCAGGGCCGCAACGUAUGGAGCUGGAGUUCGCCUCGCGACUUGGCUGCGGCCGUCGUGUUCGUGGUGGAUUCCUGGAUGGCGGGAGAUGGUGAGGACGACAUCCUCGAGGGCCAUAUCUUCGUAGAGUCUGGGCAGCUUGAAAUGCGCCGACUGGCUAGCUGCGUGGGUAAGGCCCUUGGCUCCGUUUCCGAGGAGGAGCACGCGGCAUCGACGGUUGAGUGUGAAUCAUUGCAGUAUCCGCAGUUCGCGGAAGUCAUGCCGGAGCUGCCCGGGCUCUGGGGCGUCACCGCUCGGUGUAAGGCUGAUAGGUUGAGGAAGAAGGGGUGGAAGCCCGCCGGACCUGAGUGGGAGCCACUUGUAGACGAGUGCGUCAGGUCUUCAUGUGCGUAG